UUGUAGUGAAGUGAUUCUUACUUUGUAUUAUUUUAUUUUUAAAUAAUGUACGUGCCUUAUAUAGCUGUCUUUAAAAAGAAGAGUUAUAGCUGAUGAAAUUGUGUAUAAAACUGUUGUGAUGAAAAGUUAUUAGUGUUGGAACAAAAUGAGAAAUAUCAUAGUAUUCACGUUGUUGAUAUUGCCGCAUAAACUACUUGCCGAGGUCGGGGAAACGGAUCUCAACGAUUUGUCGGACCAGCAGAAUUCCGUUUUAAUAAACAAAUGUUGUGAACCUGAUCAGAUCGUAGUGAAUUCUGUAUGCAGAUUAGCCAAAGAUUACAAUCAAACUGUAUGGAAACCUCAAUUCAAAACGGAGGAUGGGAAAGAUGUGCAAGUCAAAUACUUCAGAUACAUCCAUGGCUACCCGGAUUGUGAGACAACACAGCACCGUGCUAUAUUCUACCUCAACAAUUUAAGAAGAUCUGAAGAUGAGCUAAACUUAUUAUCAGAUGGCCGCCUCCUUCACAUCAUCCAUCAUGAGCCCAGCGCUGACAGUGUCAAGGAAGACCCGUUGAUGAGGAUUCAGGGAAGCAUUGUUAUUCCGAGCGAACAGCAACAAGCUUCUUACACUUAUGUACAAAACAAAUACUGUAUGGAUAAGAUACUGAUGACCGCAAACUCUACAAAUACUGGGGAGUAUGCUUUAAUAUGCAUACCGGACGUCAAAAACUGGACUGAUGUUGACUUCAUAAUCAAGAAGAUAGUUAAUCCAUUAUUCCAUGCUAUCUCUAUGAUACUGUACUUAAUCGUGGCCAUCAUAUACUUUGUUCUUCCAACGCUGAGAGAUUUAGCGGGAAAUAUUAUAACGACAAUAAAUAUUUGCCUUAUAGUUAGUCAAGCCGCAGACAUGGUCAGGAUAUUUACUGAAUUUAGCAAUCAUGUCAGCUUUAUGGUCACUGAUAUUCUUUUAUAUAUCAGUCUUUUGGGCGCGUUCUUUUGGCUAAACAGCUUUGGAUUCUACAUCUGGAAGACAUUUAAAUCAAGAAACGUAUUUCUCCGAGUGACGGACGUACGUAAAUACUGCUACUACUCAUCAGUGGUCUGGUCCGGUGUAGUGCUGAUGGCAGUUAUGGCUAUCGGGGCGCAUUUCCUGCUUGAUACGGGCAACAAGCUCAACCAGUUCUCGUCUUCAGUUUUAGUGGAUGACAUAGAACAAGAGACUAUUGGAUGGCUUGGGAUCGCUAUAUUCUUCACACCAGUGGCAUUCACAAUAAUUUUCAACAUAAUAUUUUAUGUUACAACUCUCAAAGUUAUAAAAAGGAUUAAUAUAUAUGGAAGGAUUCAUUACAAACUUAAAGGAUGUUUCGAUCUAUUCCUGCAAAUGUUUCUCAUAAUGACCAUAGCCUGGUUGUUCCUGCUGCUGUCUUGGCUCAACUUCAACGGACUACUGUACGCGCAUGUUUUCGUAAACUUGAUGCAGGCCAUAUUAAUAUUCUACGUGUGUGUGGUGAGACAGAGUCAUGUUACUUUCUUGUUGAAGAAGAGUUGCUGUUACGCUGAACCCGUGCCUACGGGGGAGUGGGGAGAUGAAAUGACACAUAUGAAUGGCAAUUAUAAUUACUAAAAAAUCUCCAAAUUAUUUCUGAGAUAAAAAUUGUAACGAAAACUAAAGGUAAAAAAUGUAGAUAACUAAUAGA